AUGUCGCUCGCCGGCCGUGUCGUUCUCAUCACCAGCGCGUCCAAGGGCAUCGGGAAGGCCGCUGCGCAGCGGCUGGCCGCCGACGGGGCCAGCGUGGUCGUCAACUACCUGACCGACGCCGCCUCGGCCUCCGCGCUCGUCGAGCAGAUUGGGCCUGAUCGGGCACUGGCGGUGCAGGCCGACGUGUCGAAAGUGGACGAGAUCCGUCGUCUGGUCGAGGCCACGGUGGCGCGCUUCGGCCGCAUCGACGUGGUCAUCGCGAAUGCCGGCGUGCUGCCCGUGAAGGACCUGGACAGCACGACCGAGGCCGAUUUCGACGCCGCCUUUGCCCUCAACGUCAAGGGGCCCUAUUUCCUGGUCCAGCAGGCCGCCCGCCAUAUGCCCGCCGGCGGACGUGUGAUUUUCCUCUCCACCGGCGUCACGUCCGUUUCGUCCAUCACGCCGCCCUAUCUCCUCUACGCGGCCACCAAGGGGGCCAUCGAGCAGAUGACGCGCGUGGUGGCCAAGGAUCUCGCGCGCAAAGGCAUUCUGGUCAACGCCCUUGCCCCCGGGCCCACGGCCACCGAGCUGUUCCUCCGCGGCAAGUCCGAGGCCACCCUGCGCACCGUGGCCGCGUUUAGCCCGUUCAACCGCAUCGCGCAGCCGGACGAGAUGGCGGGGACGAUUGCCUUCCUAUGCGGUCCGGACACAAGGAAGAAUAUAUCAGCAGAAUAUGUCAGAAUAUCUCAGUGA